AUGAAUUGGGUGGGAGUGGGAGUGGGAGGUGAUGGUUUAAGGAAAGGGGGAAUGAGUUGAGAGGUGAUAGUGAAGAAGAUGUGGAGUUCAACUUCAAGCGCAGCGAUUGAAGAGGAGGAGGAGGGUACGUGGUCGUCGAAGUCCUUGUUCAAUUUCUCUUCUGGAAACCCUAGAAUCGAGGAGACCCGGGGCCUGAUGCAUCUCUUCCCCCAUGAAACCCGUUCCACUCUUCCCGUUGGACGAAAGCCUCUGGUCUGCGUUGUGGGCGUUCCUAAUCACAUGACCUAUGCCGAUUUCUGCCAGUUCUGCGGUUCCUUCAUUCAGCACAUGCUUGAGAUGCGCAUUGUGAGAAUGGAUGGAAUGGAGGAUCAGUACAGUGUCUUGAUUCGCUUCGACCACCAGGACUCCACCGACGCCUUCUACAACCACUACAACGCCCGUCGUUUCUCUUCUCUCGAGGUUGAGGUUUGCCGUGUUCUUUUCACAUUGGACGUCCAGUACACUGGCUCCAUUGAACAUGCACAACCCUCCAAUGCCACUUCCACCGAACAGCCUACUUGUCCUGUUUGCCUUGAGCGAUUAGAUCAGGACACUAGUGGAAUUCUUACUACCAUUUGCAAUCAUUCUUUCCAUUGCUCCUGUAUUUCAAAAUGGGCAGAUUCUUCUUGUCCUGUAUGCCGCUAUUGCCAGCAGCAAGCUGAAAAAUCUAUCUGUUUUGUUUGUCAAACCACUGAUAACCUCUGGAUAUGUGUUAUAUGUGGCCAUGUUGGAUGCGGAAGAUACAAGGGGGGACAUGCUAUAAUACACUGGAAAGAGACACAGCAUUGCUAUUCCCUUGAAGUGGAAACCAAACGUGUGUGGGAUUACGUGGGAGACAACUACGUUCAUAGACUUAUUCAGUCCAAAACUGAUGGUAAGUUGGUUGAGCUGAACGCUCAGUGUGCGCAUGCAGACAAAGGAUGCGGAAGUUGCAGCUGUGAAGAUAAUGCCAUAAGCGAGGCUAUGCUUAAUAGUAAAGUUGAAGCUAUUGUGAACGAGUACAAUGAGUUGCUUGCUACUCAACUUGAAAACCAAAAAUUAUAUUUUGAAUCCUUAUUACAAGAAGUAAAAGAAGAAUCUGAAAGAAAAAUUUCCAAAGCGGUUCAGAAGACUAUCAGUCUUAAACAGCAGAAGAUUCAGACCAAGAUUGACAGAUGUAAGAAAGAGAAGAAAUUUCUGGAUGAUCUUAAUGAGAAUCUUGUGAAAAAUGAGGAGAUUUGGAAAACAAAGUUACUGGAGAUUGAAGAGAGGGAGAAAAAAGUUACGAGACUGAUGGAUGAUAGAGUAGUGGAUCUGGAAAAGCAGCUUAGAGAUCUCAUGGUUUGUCUUGAGGGUGGGAAGAUGGAAGAACAGCUACCCGUUACAGAUGAGAUUAAAGAAGGGACUGUCUUUGACAAACCAAAAGAAUCCUCGUCAACUACUAACUAGUGGCUCUGAGCUGCAUAACAGAAGAAUGGAUAAUUCCUUUUAUGGACUGCAUUUACCUGUAUCAUGUUAAUAUAAUAAUAAUAUUCACAAAUUUAUAGAAACUACACGUGGAUCCACAGUUGACAUGUUUUCACUGGAAUUUUUUUCCCCGUAUGAAACUCAAGUGUAAGUAUCUGUUUAGAAUUGUAAAUAAAAAGAUUUCUAACU